AUGAGAAGAAGAUUUGGGGCAAUCCAUUCAGAUACUACUGAAGAAUAUAUUCAACAAGCCCAAUCAGCUUGGAACAAGGAUCUAUUUUAUUAUGAGGGCACUUCUAAGAAAUCGGCAUAAAACUAUGGGAACUUUGAUUUUGAUGAGCGGGAAACUAAUAAUACUGAAAUAGAGGAGGAAGUAUAGAUGGAAGCAUAGAAUGUUAAAAUAAUUUUGAUGGAUGCUGAGAAUGAUUCUUAAACUGUUUUUGAUUAUUGUGGUCAAGAAUAUCAUCAGCAGAAGAAGGAUUUCGAUUAUGUUUCAAAGAUCGAAGUCAACAAAAAUAAAUAGAUCACCUACCAUUUUUGGAUCAAUAAUAUUCAUUCAACCAAAUUUACUGAUAUCGUUGAUGUUUAUGUAAAAAAUUGUGAUGUCGUGAUUUACAUGUACAAUAAAUCAGUCGAAGAACAUUACCAAGAAUUUGUGGAGAAGAUAUCCAGAAUAAAUAAUAAGAGUUUUGUUAUUUACAAAGUUAACAAUGCUAUGAAUAGAACUCAGAGUUUUAAAUCUUUAAAUGAGAAGAAUUAAGAAAAUGUCAUUGCAGUUAAAAGCCUGUAAGAAGCUAUCACAAAAACGAUUAACUAAUAUAUUUGA